GGUCGGGAAUCGAGCUCCUUCCUCCUUUUCGCCUCUUUUGGACCCCGGGGAGUUUCUCUUCCUCCUUCGCGCACCUCAGGCUCGCAGAGAUGCUGAAGUCCGGCGACCCCGGCGGAUCAGCUUUCCUCAAGGUGGACCCGGCUUACCUCCAACACUGGCAGCAGCUUUUCCCACCCAGCAGCCAACUGAAAGGUGGCGCGGGGCUGCUGGGCCACCCUCUCCAGGCGCCCGAAAGAGUCCUCGACCCAACCUGUGACAACCUCCGGCAGCUCCCGGCGUCUCUCUCUUCGUCCGCCUCCUCGUCCUCCUCGUCUUCCUCCUCGUCCUCCUCUUCUUCCACUCCUUCGUCCGCUCCAUCUUCGUGCGCCGUCGCCUCCCUGGCCAGCUUGACUUCGCUGCCGAUGGCGCAGAUCCCUGUCUUUGGGCCGAUCCAAAGCUCCGAUCCCGCGACGGGAGCCCAGGUCUCGCUCUUGCAGACCAAGGACUUGGGAGGGGGCGGCGGCGGCAGCCUGGCCAAGUGCAGCGAGAGGGCGGCGACCAGGUUCCGCUGCACGGCCGAAGAACUGGACUAUUACCUCUACGGGCAACAGCGCAUGGAGAUCAUUCCCCUCAACCAGCACACCGGGGACCCCAACAAUCGGUGUGACAUGUGUGCCGAUAACCGAAAUGGAGAAUGUCCCAUGCAUGGACCUCUGCACUCUUUGCGCCGCCUGGUGGGAACUAGUAGUGCAGCAGCGGCAGCUCCUCCCCCUGAGAUUCCGGAGUGGCUUCGGGAUCUGCCACGAGAAGUAUGUCUGUGCACCAGCACUGUUCCUGGCUUGGCCUAUGGCAUCUGUGCAGCCCAGAGGAUUCAACAGGGCACUUGGAUUGGGCCUUUCCAGGGAGUUCUUCUUCUGCCGGAAAAGGUACAAACAGGAGGACCCAGAAAUACUCAGCACCUCUGGGAAAUAUAUGACCAAGAUGGGACACUACAGCACUUUAUUGAUGGUGGGGAACCCAGUAAGUCAAGUUGGAUGAGAUAUAUUCGAUGUGCACGGCACUGUGGGGAACAAAAUUUAACUGUAGUCCAAUACAGAUCAAAUAUAUUCUACCGAGCUUGCAUGGAUAUUCCCAGAGGCACUGAGUUGUUGGUGUGGUAUAAUGACAGCUACACAUCUUUCUUUGGAAUUCCUUUGCAGUGCAUUGCACAGGAUGAGAACUUGAACGUUCCUUCAACUGUUAUGGAAGCCAUGUCAAGACAAGACACUCUCCAGCCAUUCAGCAAAAGUAGCAAAUCACCCUCUGCCCCUCCACAGCGAUCCGUAGUCUUUCCACAGACUCCAUGUAACAGGAAUUUCUCUCUUCUGGAUAAAUCGGGUUCUCUCGAAUCAGGAUUUAACCAGAUCAAUGUAAAAAACCAACGAGUUCUUGCAAGUCCGACAUCAACAAGUCAAUUGAAUUCUGAGUUUAGUGACUGGCAUCUUUGGAAAUGUGGGCAAUGCUUUAAGACUUUCACCCAACGGAUCCUCUUGCAAAUGCAUGUUUGUACACAGAACCCUGACAGGCCCUAUCAGUGUGGACACUGCUCCCAAUCCUUCUCCCAACCUUCAGAGCUCCGGAACCACGUAGUCACUCACUCCAGUGACAGACCUUUCAAGUGUGGCUAUUGCGGUCGUGCCUUUGCUGGUGCUACUACACUCAACAAUCAUAUACGGACACAUACAGGGGAGAAACCAUUUAAGUGCGAGAGGUGUGAGAGGAGCUUCACCCAAGCCACCCAGCUGAGUCGACACCAGAGGAUGCCCAAUGAGUGCAAGCCAAUAACAGAGAGCACAGAAUCAAUUGAAGUGGAUUAACUGAUUGACUGGUUGGAAUUAAACUGCAAGGAAAGUCAUGAUUAAAUGUCACGGACACUUAAGCAAAACCAAAGAUUUCCUCUGAGCAACUUUCAAUCAGUCCCAGAAAACCAAGAGCAGUAAUAAAAUAAGUAAGAUGUUAAGAGAUAUUGAUCCUGGCAUGGAAGCGAAACCAGGAAAGAGAUUAUUUAUUUAUGACUAAGAAUGAGACUGAUUUCAAUGGACAAGAAAUCCAAGCCUUGUAGGAUUUCCAGCCCUAUCUUCAUCAUGUAUUGCUUUAUUUCUAAAAGCUUUUAUAAUUGCUAUUUAAUACCAAAGCAACAAAUGUCAAGGGCUUUUCUGCCCAUAAGUAUGACUGUAAAUGUACAGGGACUUGUUUAUUGUUGCACCUUUUUCUUCAGCACGACUCAAUGGACCCAAAUAUAUGUUCCUGUUAAGGUUCAGUUGGAUUGCCAUUCUUUUUACUUGACGUUAAUUUAAAAGGACUAAAGGACAAGAGAGAGAAGGUGAUCCAGGACCAUCGUUGCCCUCCUCUGACUAAUGCACAUUUCAUUUCCAUGGAUUCAAAAUUCACAUUUUGUGCACUUUUUUGUAUAAAUGUUUUCAUUAGCCAGUGUUGCAUUGGCCAAGGAGAUCCCAGAAUUGUUAAAUAAAUCUGUAGAUAUAUAUGUUGUAAAAUAUCCAUAAGGAAAGCAUUUGAAAUAUGUAGAGUUUUUGAAAACUGUCCUCUUUAAUGAAUGAGACAUAUUAUUCAUAACUGAUGAAUAAUUUCAAGUAAAAUAGUGACACUCUCUUAUCUAAAGUUACCGUGCUUGAAAUCAUAAACAUUAAAAAUGGUAUAGCAAGAGGCAUUCUUUACUUUAAUUAUGAAGAAGAAAAAUCAAUACAAUUUGUCCAUGUUUAAAAUUUUUACAAUCAAUCACAAAAAUAGGUUCAUAUAUAGCUACAACCCAUGAUAAAUUCAGUUCCAACUUUUUAUUGUACAACAUAGAAAAAUACAGGCAGUCUAGAUGUCGAUUACUACAUGAACAGAAAGCUAAAGUCAUUCCACUCAUUUGAUAUGAUUGUAAUAUCUCCUGAUGUACAAAAAGUUUAAGACUUAUCUGAAUUUAUUCCAUUCUAUGUGCAUAUAAUAUUCUCAAGUCCUUUUCCCAUGUCUUGGAAUGGUUAGCGUAACCUCUGAGCAUAAAAUGAUGGAGUAAGGAUGCAC